CGAACAUCAUACCCCCACAAAAAAACGACUGUCAUUCACAAUAUAUGCAUUUUACGUUUUUUGUUGUUUUUGUAUGCCUUUCCGUGCAUGAUAAUCGAAAUAUAUUUUAAUAAUUACCUAAUUUUUCGAAAAAUCUGGUUUUCUAAGAAAUAUACAAUAUUGUCAAACAAAGUGUGAAAAAUGGCGAAUAUGGCAGUGUCCAGGAUAAAAAGGGAGUUCAAAGAAGUGAUAAAUAGCGAAGAGAUUGUUCAAUGUUCGAUCAAAAUAGAAUUAAACAACGACAGCUGGACAGAUUUACGUGGAGAAAUAGCUGGCCCACCUGACACGCCGUAUGAAGGUGGAAAAUUCUUAUUGGAAAUUAAAGUACCCGAAACCUAUCCGUUCAAUCCGCCGAAGGUCCGUUUCAACACCAAAAUUUGGCAUCCAAAUAUCUCUAGUGUGACGGGUGCUAUUUGCCUCGAUAUCUUGAAAGACAAUUGGGCUGCUGCUAUGACAUUGAGAACAGUUCUGCUGUCACUACAAGCCCUUCUAUCGGCUGCGGAACCGGAUGAUCCUCAAGAUGCUGUGGUUGCAUCACAGUUUAAGGAAAAUUACGAAAUGUUUGCCUUGACGGCAAGACACUGGACGAAUGCGUAUGCCGGUGGUCCGAAUCGAAUCGUGGAUUGUGAUCAGAAAAUUCAGCGUUUAAAAGACAUGGGAAUUAGCGAACUGGAGGCGCGUGCAGUUCUAUCGAAAGAAAAUUGGAAUAUCGAAAAGGCCACUGAAAAUUUAUUCAGUUAGCUCGUUGUUGGUUCAUUUUAAAAUACGAGAGUGUUUGUUUUCUGUUUAAGGUAUGAGAAUGGACGGAGAGAACGGAUUUUACAAGGUUUUGAAGAUUUUUUUUUUUUAAUAUUGUUACAGUCGCUCGUGUAAAAGGAAACGCUAGUAAUUUGAUAAACAAAAUUUUUGGGUUCAGAAAAAUAAGAUUGAAGAAUGAAAAUGAUUAAUGGCCUGGUUGUCCAUUACUUGUAAAUAAUUUUUGAAGAAAUAAAUUCAGUUCUGUAGAUAAUAAGAAGACGUUAAUUGAAUCGUAAUAUUAUUAGAAAACUGAUAGACUUUAAUGCGCUAUUAAUGUUGAUAACUUUGUAAUAUGUGGCCGUAAAGUCAAAUAAGUUAAGUUCUUGUCAUUUAAUAAGUUUUAAAAUCUACAGUUUCUUGUUUGAUUCCAUCUGGAUUUGUUUAUUCAUUUCAAUAAAAUCAUUUUUCUAAAACUUAAAA